AUGAUGUCUACGCUUCAAUAUUCGGCUGCUCAAUACAACAGUGUGGUUUAUACUGAUCUGCCCGCUGACUCCUGGAUUACUUUGAAUCAAAUUGCUCGCGUUGCACCAAAUUUUGUGAUCAAUACUGGAUCGUCCAUGCCGUCUUCGACGACCACCGAGCUUACUGCACCUUUCGGCGCUUCCACCGAAACGAUUUUACUCUAUUCGGUACUCGAAGGGAUGGCACGAUGUGCAAUUUCUAGCAGAUUGGAUGGUAAUGGGUUUGUAGCAGCAGCCCAAAAGAUUCUCAAUGAAAAAGCAGAGGGGUACACUGAAGUGCUGUACAAGUUUGCCGCUCAUGUCAACGAACGGAGCCCGCAAAAAGUGAACAACAAUGUUUCCGAUUCGGAUUCGGAUCGGACGCCAGUUGAAGACGUGAUGGCCAAGACUGCAGUUCAUGCAUUUAUUGGCAGUGUCGAGACACAAAACAUAUACGACAACAACUACAUUCGGAGCUUGCAAGAAGCCGUGCUUGCCUUCAAGGCGUCGUCAACUUGA